CUGUUAUUCUCGGGCGAACAUUCAACGACGGCGCGUCGCACGUCGCACGGAGAUUUAUUUUUGUUAUUGCAUGGAAAUGCCGCUGAAAAACUUUGGACCACACAACGAACGAAAGAGUGAUUGAAAGAAGGCUUCAAUCAAUUGGAAUACCAUAAAACAGGAGAAAAAUCAAUAGGAGCAUCUGCUAGGACGACACGAUGGUCUUCGAGGCGGUGGUGACGGAUGUCCUGAACAAGGUCCUCGGCGACUACAUCGAGAACUUGGACCGCAACCAGCUGAAAAUAGGCAUUUGGGGAGGCGAUGUGGUCUUGCAGAACCUCAAAAUACGGGCAAAUGCCCUGGACGACUUGGACCUUCCCGUGCAGCUUAUCUACGGAUAUCUGGGCAAACUGGUGCUAAAGAUUCCCUGGAAGAACCUCUACAGCCAGCCUGUAGUUGUGAACAUCGAGGAUCUUUAUGCCCUGGUAUCGCCCAACAACAAUGUGCAGUACAAUGAGGAGAAGGAGGCCAAAUAUGAGAUGGAUAUUAAGAAGGCGGCUCUGGAUGCCCUGGAAGCUGCUCGCAAAAAGGAGUUGGAAAAGGAUCAGCCCAAACCCGAUGCUGGAUUUGCCGAGAAGCUAACGGCGCAGAUCGUGAACAAUCUGCAAGUGAAGAUAACCAACGUUCAUCUGCGUUACGAGGACACCACCACAACGGGGAGUCCCUUCUCCUUCGGCAUAUCCCUGCACGAGCUGGAGCUCUACACCACCGAUAGCAACUGGGAGAAGACCUACAUGGCCCAGCAAGCUUCCCAGGUCUUUAAAAUAGCGAAUCUCUCCUGCCUCUCCGCCUAUUUAAACUGUGGCGGACAACUGUACGCAAACCACCUGGACACGCUGUCCGAACAGUUCCAGACGAAUAUUGCUAGCAAGGAGGCGAAACCCAACUACAACUAUGUACUGGGUCCCAUCUCUUGCAAUGCCAAGUUGAAGCUAAACAUGAACCCGGAGUUCGAUGAUCCGCCCUUUGAAAGGCCAAAGAUCGAUCUUACCCUCGAGAUGGAAAAGUUGAAUGUGGGCAUGACCAACACACAGUUCGACAAUCUCAUGAAGCUCGGAGAUGCUAUGAAUCGCCAGCAGUUGGGCAUUCCCUACAGGAAAUAUCGUCCCUACGACAUACCCUACAAAGGUCACGCCAAAGAAUGGUGGCACUUUGCAAUAACUUCUGUUCUCCAGGAGGAAGUAAAGAAGCCUCGAGAGAGCUGGACUUGGCGACACAUAAGAACGCAUCGUGAACGAUGCAACACCUAUGCACAGAAAUACAAGGAGCAGUGCCUGAACAAAAAACCACCAGCUGUGCUAACAGAAACCUGCCGUUUGCUGGAAACAGAGCUGGAUAUAUUUAACUUGCUGCUGAUUCGGCAGAGGGUCAAUAUCGAGAUAGCCAAGGAGCGGGAGGCAGUGCCAGAGCAAAAACAGGGCUGGUUCAGCGGCUGGGGAUGGGGUGGCGGAGCCAAGAAGGAGGAUCAGACAGCCGGUCAAAAAUUAGUCGAGAAGUUCGAAGCGGCGAUGACGGCCGAAGAGAAGGAAAAGAUGUACCGGGCAAUUGGUUACCAAGAGAAUGCCAAGCCCACGGAUCUUCCCGAAAACUACCAAGCCAUCAAGAUGAACUUUAAACUGAUCGCCCUGGAGGUCGGCCUCUACAAGGAUGAGCGUGGCCAUUCCGUGGGAUCGUACGACUACCAUGACCUUCCCUCACUGGUUCUCUUAAAGUUUUCGAUGGCCACAGCGUCAAUCACACAACGGCCAGCUGCCGAGGCCAUAAGCAUCACUGCUGGCAUGAAGGAGCUCAAGGUGACGGGACUCAAACGCAAUGACUUUACACCCCUGUUGGUGGAGUCGAAGAUCACCGAUGAGUUCAACCUGCUGGACGUGUUCUUCGAGACGAACCCCUUGGACAAGUUGUGCGAUCAGCGCGUCAAGGUGGUGGCCCGUCCGCUGCAGAUUGUGUACGAUGCUCCCACCAUCCUGGCACUAAUCAGCGCUUUCCAGCCGCCUGGUGAUGUCACGCUCUCCAAGUUUGAGGAUGCGGCCAGCACGCGAAUCUCCAACUUCAAGGAACGCUCGGCCACCGGUAUGCAGUACAUGAUCGACAAGAAGGCGGUGUUGGAUGCGGACAUUUUGCUAAUGCCAAACAUCCUGGUCGUUCCACAUAAGGGCGUCUACGAGACGGACAAUACAUCGCUGCUAGUUGUGAGCAUGGGCGAGGUGCGCGUCUCCACCAAACCGCGCCAGGAGGGGACCAAGCUUCACAAUCUCUUCCAUGCCGGCGAGGAUAAGAAUGAGAUCCUGAAGACGGUGAUGGAAAAUGCCUACGAUAGAUUCACGGUCGAACUGAACGACGUGCAAAUGCUGGUCGUACGAGCUGGAGAACCGUGGCAACGGGCGCUUACGGAGGCCAACUCAACGGAGAUGCAUGUUUUGCGUCCCGUCUCCCUGAAAGUAACUGCCGCACUGUGUGUGAUAGACAACGACCCGCGGCUGCCCAAAGUCAAGGUGGACAUCGACCUGCCAGCGAUUCUGGUCAAUGUCUCAGAGGAUCGCGUCUUUCUUGCCAUCAGGGUGGCCACCAGCAUUCCGCUGCCAGAUCAAAGUCAGCCGGCGACCAAGCUCACACAGACGCAUUCGCGCAGCUCCAUGUCCAUAUCCAACUUUAUCAACAAGGAAGUUAAGAAGAUUGGACCAGUGGCAUCGUCAGGACCCAAAACACCGUUGCUCGACGAGAUUACCCAGUACACGAAUCUGGAUGUGAACUUCUCUCUGGGAGAGAUCUCCUUCGUUUUGUUCCAGUCCAGUACAAUAAGCGAGACGAGCUCUGACGUGUCAAUUGAGUUUCUCACUCCCGAUGGGGACAUCCUUCCUUCCCAGUUGGGUGUGACGGCGCCAGUUGAAGAUCCAGUGGAACGACCACCACUAACGCCACCUCGACAGAUUCUCUCCAUUGACAUUCGCCGCCUAGAGGCCCAUUUCGUAUCCCGAACCUACGACUCUUUGGCCACAGUCAAGUUAGUAUAUUCAGAAACUAUCAGCUAUUUGCAUUACAUAUUUAUUUUCUUAACUUUCAGGCUUGGGGAUAUCAACCUAAAGCAGUAUGGCUGCCAGGACGGCGACAUGGAAGUACUAGACGUAAUCCACACGCCGAAAAAGGAAAACAGCUCCAACUAUCUGUUCACCGUCUCGUGCACAAUUGCCGACAAGACGUCGCCAGAGUUUAGCACCAGGUACAACUCAACCGAGCAGCAGGUGGUGGCCAAUUUCGAGGUGCUCCAGAUCGUGCUGCACCAGGAAUGCCUACAGCGGCUCAUGGAGGUCGUGAACAAUUUCCAGAGAAACCUGGAUGUUGUACUAUCAACCACUCGGCCACGUGAUCGGACGGGCUCCAUUGGCGGUGGCGAUGGCAUCAAACAGAAGCUUAAUGUCAUUCUGGAGGACACGGAGGAAAUAAUGACCACCAACCAGAUGAAGCGCCGCAAGAAUAUGCGCCGCAGUCGCGUCGUUGAGACCGUGAAGGUUCGUGUGAUCGCAAAUCUGGACGAAGUCGGCCUGUUGCUCACCACCCAAAAGCGACCCUUGGCCGAGAUGAACGUGAAGAAAUUCGUGUCCAGUCUGAUCAUUAAGUCUUCCUACACGGAAGUUAAUAUUGGCCUGAAAGACAUUCAGGUGUUGGACCUGAAUCCUUACACCAUUCACAAGAAUAUUCUGAGUAUUGUUGGCAAGGAUGCCUUCAACUGCCAGGUGGUGUUGUACAACAAAGAGGAGACCCUAGACUACAACUCCGAUGACAUGAAGAUAACUGUAGACAUUGGCUGUAUGAAGAUCAUCUAUCUCAAUUGGUUUGUGGCUGGAGUGCUGAACUUCCUGAACAACUUUACUGAGGCCCAGGCCACCAUAUCGCAGGCCAGUGCUGCGGCUGCGGAGUCUGCUCGCCAGAAGGCAAUGGAUGCCUACGAAACGGCCACGCGCAUGAAACUGAAUGUCCGCAUCAAGGCGCCCAUUAUCAUUGUGCCAAUUAGCUCCGAGGACACAACCGCCCUAUCGCUCGAUUUGGGUCUGUUGGAGCUGACGAACAACACGGUGGAGGUGGCGGUGGCCAACGAGGAACGACUGGCAGUCAUAGACGAGAUAAAGUUGCAUAUCUGCGAUGUUAAGAUUUCCAAAGUUGUCAUCUUGGAUGGCAACGAAUCGACAGUUGAUGAAAUGGAUGCUGCAGUGGGCUAUUACUCUAAAUUUAAUAUGAUGAAUCCCAUGAGUUGCACCUUAUUGGUGACCCGUAAUUUAUCGUACACCUGGUACAGGGAUGUGCCUGAACUUAAUCUUUCGGGUCGCUUAAAGUCCAUUGAGCUCACUCUCUUCGCGGAUGAUUAUGCUUUGGUUAUGUUGAUUUUAAAUCGCAACUUGAACGAGGGUUUGGAUGAGUUCCCUCCAAGCGAAGUGGCACCUGCGGAGCCAAAGUACAAGCCCGAUCGACGUCUUUCCCAAGGUGGUUUCCGCACACCUCGGGGCCAAGCUACCCCAAAAAGAGAGAAGAUUCACGAAUCGAUCAAGUUUAACUUCCAGUUCGAUGGUGUGGUUAUAAAUUUAAUGGAGGCUGAAGACGCAGGACUCGCCAGGUUUGGAAUAUAUUUCCUGUCCAUCAAGGGCACAAAGCUGGACAACAACACCCUGAGCACUUCGGUGGUUCUGUGCAAUAUCCAGAUGGACGACAUGCGCAAAAACUCCAAUAGUCAGAUCCGGCAGUACCUAAGCCGCAAGGAUUGGGUGCAGCCCAAGCUGGAUACCGAAGAGAUCAUCGAUGCCUGCUACAACGAACGAAACUUUAUGGUCGAUGUGACUGCCAUAAUAAAGGAGGACGACACAUUUGCUGAGAUCCGUGUGCGCGGCUUCGACUUGAUUGUCUGCAUCGACUUCCUGCUCAGACUGACUGAGUUCCUCACCCUGCCACCUGACGAGUCGCCGCGCGAUACUGUUAUUGUGACGCCCGACACGAUUGCAGAAACGGCUCGGGAGGCAAAGCAUUCCAUUCGCUCAACCGCAAAGUUAGCCGCCAACGAACUUGUUCCAGCGGAGGUUUCUUCCGUUCAUAACGCUGCAAACAAAAAGAUGAAUCUUAUACUGCACAUUGACGAACCAGAUAUUAUAUUGGUGGAAAACCUAGAGGACCUAAACACCAGCUGUAUUAUUUUCAAUGCACAAGUUCAUCUGAAUUACCGCAGCAUAAACGACAAGCAGAUCAUAAACGGGCAGAUCGAUGCUUUAAAGAUGUACAUGAGCGCUUUUCUGCCGGAGCGUCGAGAGAUGACUCGCCAUUAUAUUCUGCAUCCAUGCGUUAUUAGCCUGCAAGGAUCCACGCCCGAGGAAGAGGGCAUGCACAUUAGCCUCAAGCUGAGCGACAUCAUCAUCAACGUAUCGCCUGCCACCAUUGAGCUGCUGAACAAGGCAAUGGUGAGCGUCUCCACUGGCAGCCUGGCCAAGACUGCCAUUGCCGAGGAUUCGCGAAACUAUUCGAAUCUGUGGAAUCAGCGGCAUUUCCACAGCCGCACCUUCUGGUUCACCAAGGUGGAGCAGGGCGUGGAAGCCCUGGAAGUGGAGCAGAGCAGCAGCAAUGAAUCACAGUUGCAGAAAACGGAGAAGUGUGUGAUUGAGAUCCCCAGCAUUACGCUGGUGAUCGAAUCCGGCGUUGGGUACUACACAAAGCCACUCAUCUCGUUGGACACCCGGAUCACAGCCGUUUUUAACAACUGGAGCCGCAAUCUCACCGCUCAUGGCUCUUUGACUCUAAACAUGAACUACUAUAACCAAGCUCUUGCUGAAUGGGAGCCUAUUAUUGAGCUAAACGAGGUGGUUGGUCGCAACGGCGUCCGCGAAUACACGCCAUGGGAGCUAAAGUUCGAAAUGGGCAUGGAGAAGGUGCAGAGCGAGGUGGAUGACGCAGACGACCAGCAAGCCAUGCACAUGAAGAUCCACUCGGAGGAGACGCUCGAGAUAACGUUGAGCAAGACGUGCCUGGGUUUACUAGGCGAACUAGCCGAGGCCUUCUCGCAGGCCAUCGAUCAGAAGGGUCUGACCAAGCCGGAAAUCGUGGCUCCCUAUGUGCUGGAGAACGAUACUGGCUUCGAUGUCAACCUUGAUCUGCGCAAGGGCAUCUUCACGCUGCACGAGGUCCACCGCGGUGGCGCCCUGCCGGGUGUGAGUAGCACCUUGCUUCUGUCUGCCCAGGCCGAGGAGGUCGAUCCCAGCGCAAUUAAAACCUGCACCAUUUCGUCGGGCGGAAGAGCAUAUCUGCAGACCAAAGACUUGAGCACGUUAUCCGAUGAGGAUUCCGAGGACUAUACCCUUUAUGUGACGAUUGGGGAUAUUAACAAGGAGAUCGCCCUGCCCGUGUCCAAGUCGGAUACCCGUUUCUUCAAUCUGAUGCGCAGCACAUCUCAUGAGCCGUGGGGCAUUAUUUCCGAAGUGAAACAGGAGUACGGCACCACGAAAAUCAAUAUCCACGGAGUAGUCAGUGUUCAUAAUCACUUUACGACAGGUGUUAACAUCUAUCGACGCAAUCCUACGCCCACUGCGGACUGCUUUGAGGAUAUUUUUGUCGGGCGUGUUCGUCCCCACGAGGUGUUCCAUGUGCCACUGCACGCCAUUUACGCGAACUCCAAGGAGCUCUACUUCUCGAUGCGCGGCUACAGAACAUCCGUGCAGGGCAUUUCGUGGGCUGCCAAUCCCUCGGACAUGACUUAUUCGCACCAGCUGCACUGCGAUCCGACCAAGACAUUUGAGUCGCUUAUUAUCAACGCUCGACGAUCGAAAACGGAGGUCUAUAAUGAGAACACCAACAAGUUUACGCUGCUGAGCGCCUUCUACACGAUCCAUCUGCGUCCGCCGCUCUACCUGCGCAACUCCCUGCCCAUCAAUAUCCAAGUGUCGGUGGCCGGUUGCUCGGUCCGAAAGGAGGAUGGCAUGGAAGCCCAGUCCACGGUGGGGGUGGUGGAUAAGGGGUACAGCAAGGAGGAUUUCCUGGACUACGGCGAAAAGCCAGUCAACUCGGGCGAUGUGCUUCACCUGCCCACCGUUCGAUUGGCCUCAAAUAACAAGGAAGCAAAAAGCUUCCUGGUUGUGCGGCUGGUUCAAUACUUGGAGAAGGACUGGUCCUGUGCCACAGAGGUUUGCGAUUUCACUGACGAUAUCAUGACCUGGACGUUUUCAUCCUACGACUCGGAGUUAAAAGUGGACAUGGAUCUUUGUGUGAAGUCGGAAAAUCGACAUGGCAGCUUGAUGCUCACACUCUUUAGCCCCUUCUGGAUGAUAAAUAAGACGGGAAUGAUGCUGACCUACAAAACCGAAACGUCCUCCGUGGAAGUGCUGUACCACCCUCCCGAAUAUUCCGGACCCAUUAUGUUCACGUUCCGGGAUAAAAUCUUCUUUGACAAGAAAAAGGCCUCCAUUCGCAUCGAUAACGGCCAGUGGAGUGAGAAGAUCCCCCUGGACGUAGCUGGUUCGAUUGGCGAGGUCACCUGUUUUUCGAACAACCAGAAGUACCUCAUUGGUGUUCACAACCACUUGACUCAGAACUCCCUGACCAAGCAGAUCACCUUCAUCCCCUUCUAUAUUGUGUGCAAUAAGUGCCGCUUCGACAUCGAGCUGCAGGAGCAGAGUCGCCCGGCCGAUCGAUGGAUCCACCUCGAGCCCAAUGAGCUUGAACCCAUCUGGCCGAGGAACGACUCGAAGAACAACCUGGUGGUGCGCGUGGAUGGCAAGGUGACACCGGCCUUUGACUACACGGAGGUGAUCUGCACGCUGCUCAAGCUGGAGGACAGCAAAUAUGGUGGCAUCAAUGUGGAUGUGCAGACGACGGAGGGCGGCGUCUAUAUCACGUUUACGGACUACAAGCCAGCCGAUGCUCCCGGCCUGCUGAUCAAUCACACAGGCAAACAGAUUACCUACUUCGAGAAGGGAACGAAGAACGAGAAGAUUUUGAAUGCCAAGAGCAAUAUCAUGUUUGCCUGGGAUGAUCCGACGGGUCCCAAAGUUCUCGUUUUUGGCGCCAACAAAGAGGAGACGGAUCUAAAACGUGACGGCAUCGGCGAGGUGGUCAUGCAGGACGGCCAAAAGGUCAUUUGGGUAUCCUUCCUGGACGGCCUGCAACGUGUGUUGCUCUUCACCGAGAAUGAAUCGAUUGCCCAUCGUACAGAAACCACAAAUUCGCUGCAGUCCAUCACCCAAAGCAUCGAUCUGAGUAUCCACGGCAUUGGCCUGUCAGUGAUAAACAAUGAGUCGGGCCUGGAUAUUCUUUACCUUGGCAUUACCAGCUCUGGAAUCAUUUGGGAAUCGAAGAAGAUUACAAAGAAGCGCUUCAAGGACUUCACCAUUGCCGAGAACGAGCUCCUGGAGAGCGAGUAUCAGAAAUAUCUAGUGCACAAGAGUGUCAACGAUGUGCAGACCUACAAGCUGGACAACAAGUUCCCGAUCGACUUUGACCUCAUGGUGCUAAAGAAAACGGUGGAGCGAAACAUAAGGCGCAGCUUUUACCCAGCAAUUUGGGUAUCCCGCAAGUCGUCGCCAUUCCAGAACCAGCUGCAUGUGAAAAUCAAUCGUAUACAGGUGGACAACCAGUUCAUAGAUCCCAUAUUCCCCGUUGUAUUGGCCCCAAUUCCACCGCCCAAGAGCGUGGCGAAUACGACCUCUUUGAAGCCAUUUAUCGAGUGCAGCAUGGUGCAGCGCAUUAUGCCCAACUCGACGGUGCGACAGUUUAAGUACGCCAAAAUCCUGAUUCAAGAGUUCCUCUUCAAAGUCGAUUUGAACUUCCUCACGGCCAUCGCGGAUAUGUUUGCCAAGGAGGUGAAUGACGAGACGGCAGCCAAACAGUUCCGACAGGACGUCGAGUCCAUUGAGAUGCCGCUCUCCGCCUUCUUCGAAGAGCACUCGUUGGAGGAGCAGAAGAGCUUCUACGAUAACCUGCAUUUGGGUCCGCUCAAGAUCCACGUGAGCUUCUCGAUGGCGGGCUCGGAUACGAAGGCGUUGCCCGGUUUCUUGGGAUCGCUGGUCCAGGGCGUGGGCGUGACCCUGACGGACGUCAACGAUGUGGUCUUCCGACUGGCCUUCUUCGAGCGCGAGUAUCAGUUCUUCACACAGAAACAGUUGGUCAACGAGAUCACCUCGCAUUAUACUGGUCAAGCGCUGAAGCAGCUGUAUGUGCUUGUGCUCGGCCUGGAUGUCCUGGGUAAUCCUUACGGUUUAGUGGUUGGACUCAAAAAGGGUGUCGAGGACUUGUUCUACGAACCUUUCCAGGGUGCCAUCCAAGGACCAGGUGAAUUUGCUGAAGGUGUGGUGCUGGGCGUCAAGUCGCUCUUUGGCCACACGGUGGGCGGUGCCGCUGGAGCCGUGUCCAAAAUUACUGGUGCUAUGGGCAAGGGAUUGGCUGCGCUGACCUUUGACGAGGACUACCAGAAGAAGAGACGUCAGGGAAUCCAAAACAAACCGAAGAACUUCCACGAGGGAUUAGCCCGCAGCAGCAAGGGCCUGGUGAUGGGCUUUGUGGACGGUGUCACUGGCGUUGUAACCAAACCAGUGACUGGGGCUCGCGACAACGGCGUCGAGGGCUUCUUUAAGGGCCUGGGCAAGGGUGCCAUUGGCCUGGUGGCUCGCCCCACCGCCGGCGUGGUUGACUUCGCCAGUGGCAGCUUCGAGGCUGUGAAGCGGGCGGCGGAUGCAAGCGAGGAUGUGAAACGCAUGCGACCGCCGCGCUUCCAGCACUACGACUUCGUUCUAAGACCCUAUUGUUUUAUGGAGGCGACGGGCAAUAAGAUAAUGAAGGAAACCGACAAGGGUAAAUUUGCCACCACGGACAACUUUAUUCAUUGCGAGGAGAUCAUCCAGAAGUCCGAGUACCUGGUGGUGACCAACUACCGCCUGAUGUACGUGCAGCGUAACGAGAUGUUCGGCGUCUGGACGUCUCUGUGGUCCUACCUGUGGAACGAAAUCAGCAGCGUUGCUGCCACGUCUCGCGGCAUCCAGUUCAGUGUGAAGGCGGAUGGCAAGAAGGUACUGGGUUUGUUUAGCAGCAAGGAGACACCCCGGAAGUUGGUGCUUGUGCCAGACGAGCGCAAACGUGUCGCCCUGUUGGACAUCAUUGAAUCUCAUCGCUCCGAUCCCAGUCCAUUGAGGACAACCAUCGCCUAUCCGGCGAGUAAUCAGCACUAGACCUGAAUUUAUUUCCCCCCAACUGUAUUAUAAUCCAAGCACAUCCACAUCCCCACGGCACCAGCAACGACAUGGAAAUCUACCUCGAUCCUCAAGAUUCUGUCUGUCCAGGCACCAUGCACCAUGCACCAUGCUCCCAAAUUGGAAAACUCACUUGUCGUACUUUUACGUAUGCUAACAACCAUUAUGUUUUGAUAUUAAAAUUUUAUGUCAAAGUUUA